CCCCCUUCUCGGAACGUCUACGACAGACGGUAUAAGCAGCGCCCAGAGCCAGAGUACUCAAGUGAAGAAGAGUACACGGAAGAGGAAGACUACGACGACGAGGACAUUGAUCCCUCUGAUUCUGCAUCGACAACCUACGACAGACCAAGGCUGCACACCCGAGCCUCCGAAACGGCCACCGCACGGCGCCAGCGACCUCCCGCUAGGCAGGACGCUUCCCACCAUCAACAGGUGCAGUCUUACGCACCGGCCGCCGCACCGCCCAGCGUGGAUCCCUCCGAGGAGUACGGCCGUAAUGGCCACUAUGGCCAUUAUGGCCAGCACCAGCAACAUGCCGCUGGUCGCAACGGCUACUACGGCCGCGGUCAUCCAGCUUAUCCCGCCCAGCAGCAAAACCAUGUAGUGCCGUACAUGGGUUACAAUGGCGCCAAUCAGAUGAACCAGAUGGCUCCCUAUGGCCAAUACGGCGGAAAUCCCUUCUCACCCAACGGCUCAAGCACUGGUAGCUACUAUGGGGGCGAGCAGAGGCACAUGUAUGACAUGAUGCCUUAUGGCGCACCUCCUCCGCCGGGCUAUAAUUACGGGCCGCACGGGGCCCACUACAACGGCAUGCCGCCUCACAUGCAUCCGUAUCCCCCGGCACCAGCGCCGCCACCAACUGAGGCCGCCGCCCCUGCAUCCCCGGCUCCGGCUCCGAAAGAGCCCUCACCAGCUCCACCCCCGCCACCCGAUCCUGAGAAGGAGCGUCUUCAGAAAGAGCUGGCUGAUUUCAAGGCCGCGCAGGAGAAGGAAAAGGAGAUUGCGAGACAAAAGGAAAUUGAGGAUAAGAUCCGCAAAGAUGCUGAAGAAGCCCUUGCUAAGAAGAUGGAGGAGGUGCGGUUACAAGCUGAGGAAGCCAAGAGAGAGAUCGAGCGAGCCAGGGCAGAGGCCGAGCGCACCGCUCGUGAGAGACUCGAGGCUGAGAAGAAAGCUGAAGAGGAGAGAAGACGAGUAGAGGCUGAAACUAGGGCUCGUUUAGAGGAGACGACGAGGCUCAAGUAUGAAGCGGAGAUGAAGGCUGCUGAAGAGCGGAGAAGGAGAGAACAAGAAGACCGAGCUCGAGCCGAAGAAGCAGCCCGACUUCGUUUCGAGGCCGCUUUGAGGGCGGAAACCGCUGCUAAGGCAGCUGCUGAGCAGAAAGCGGCCGAGGAAGCUGCUCGGAUCGAGGAGCAAACACGCCUUCGCCUCCAAGCGGCGAUUAAGGCUGAGAAUGAGGCCAAAGCCGCCGCCGCAAAGAAAGCUGCUGAAGAAGCUGCCAGAAUCGAGGAAGAGGCUAGACUCCGCGUUGAGGCUGCGCUCAGGGCGGAUGCUGAGGCAAAGGCCGCGGCGGCGAAGAGAGAGGCCGAGGAGGCCGAGAGGCUCCGACUUAUACACGAAGAGGCCAAGGCCAAAGCCGAAGCUGAGCACCGGGCCCGGAUAGCGGCAGAAGAGGCUGCUGCGCAAAGGGCUGCUGAAGCUGCCGCCAUCGCCAAGGCGGAGGCCGAGGAGCUGAAAAAGAGAAUCCAGGCGGAGACUAAAGCGGCCAUUGAGGAAGCCAACAAGAAAGCAGACGAGGCUGCCAAAAAAGCAGAGCUAGCUCCCAUAAAGUUCAAGGAUGCGGUUGGCCGAAAGUUUAGCUUCCCCUUUCAUCUAUGCAACACCUGGCAGGGAAUGGAAGAGUUAAUCAAGCAGGCGUUCCUGCAAGUCGACGUUUUAGGACCGCAUGUCCAAGAAGGCCACUAUGACCUGAUUGGUCCCAAUGGCGACAUCAUCCUCCCGUCCGUUUGGGAAAAGGUCAUUGAGCCAGAUUGGGCCAUCACCAUGACCAUGUGGCCCCUCGACAAAGCACCGCCUGUCGGUGGUCCCAAACUGCCUCCGGGAAUGCCACCGAUGUCGAAUAGGCCUGAUGGUCAUGGUCCUCCCCCGCCGCCGAUUGGAAUUCCACCGCUCAACCGACCACGGCCUCAUAUUCCAGGGAUGUCAAUGCCGCCUCCACCUCCUGGAUGGAACGGCGGGAUACCUCCACCUCCGCGGGGGCCACCAGGUAUAUCUCCCAAUAUUAAGAUCGUGAACGCGGCGCCACAGCAAAAGAAGAAGAGCAGCUCCAGCAGCAAGCAAAACACUUCCAUGCUCAAUUUCUUAUCUGGAAAGGCCCCUGCCAAGAAGAAGACAUCAAGCAAAAAAUAAUUACAUUACUAUACGAUUAUCUACGACCCUUUAUGUUCCAAAAAUUGGAUGCUUCGAUACGUUUUAUGCCAUCUAUAUGAGCGAAUUUUUUUUUUCUUUUCUAGUGUUUUUGGUCUGCUUACCAUGUUUUGAGCGAAAGAUUCCCCUCCUGUUCUGCCUAUCUGCGGUCAUCUUGGGCUCAACCUUUCAACGGCAUGGGUUUGCACGAGGAGGGAGAAGGCAAGUCGAAUCCAGGGUGGCGGCGCAGACUUACACCGUCUCCCAUACCUGCUGGCUUUGUCAUCGAAGGCGGGGGAUGUUUGGCGUACUUGGGCGGGUGAAAUUCAAAUAUUAAGGAGCAAUUGGUGUGGGUUAGAUGGGGAGGGCUACGUUUUGAUGAAGACAAGAUCUACUUUGCCCUCUUUUCUUCUUUUUUUUCGCUAGUUCAUUUCAUUUUUACUCUAUUCUGUUUCAAUGGGAAGUUGUUGGGUUUGUUCAAACGGGGAUGAUUAGCUGUCGUGAGUUGAGGGAGUUCUAUCUAUCCAGUAUAUAUAAGCGGUUUACAUCUAUCCACUUUGCCUUUUCACUUUGCCGAUAUGCUCUAUGUCUUGUGUCGUUAUUCAUGAGUCGCCCAGAAGAGUCUGUAGCUAAUCUGUAUGCUAGAGACGCUGCUGAGCUCCCAACUUGUAGUGAACUCGCUUCUCAAAGGCUUCAAUCAUGAGGGCCGCAAUUUUAUCGGAUACGGCAGCGCUGAGCGCGGCAUAUAGCGGGUUGACGAAUUGGUAUUUGAUAGUGAGUUUAACCUCGGUUGAGGGCGUUGCGGACUGGCGAGCAAUUGGCGUCAAAUACCAUACGGUCUCGAGAGUCUUGAAGACGGCGGACGCAUCUUGCGCAGGGCCACCUAAAGCAGAACCGCCGCUGCGAGCCUCGACGGAGACGCCAGGAACGCAAAGCAAGCGGCUGGUAAAGGUCUCGUCAAAGCCGCCCCAGCCGACCUGCAAGUCGGCGAGCGUAGGCCAGCUGCGGCCUGAAGAGUCUGGCGCGGACCAUUUGGUGACUUUGGACUGCGAGCAGUACGGCACAAAGGCCGAGUAGGAGUCGACGUCUGCGAUCAGCUCGUAGAGGGGUUCGUGACGGUAGGGGAGAGUGCGAGUGGCGACGAGGCUCUGCUGAGGGUUGCCGGGCAGGGAGAUGAAGGCGCGGCGAGGGAUUGGAGGAAAGGUUCUCGCUGGGCGUAGUAGUACAGAGGCUGAUGGUCGGAGUGGGAGCCGUUGAGUGGCGGUUCGGGCGGCCAUUGCUGGGAUGCGACGCUGCGAUGCGCCUUUUGAGAAAUGAUAGGAAUUAGGUAGAGUCGGGGAGUAUCUACAGAAUCAAUGACAUGGUGUGUUGACGGGGAAACAAUGUUAAAAAGGGCGGGC